GUACGACGUAAGAAAGUGAGAUAACUUUAGAUUAAUACUUUAUCAAACAGUAGUUUGCUAAUUUGUGUUAUUAUCUGUUUUUGUGUUAUUGAAAGGGAACAUCGAUAGAGUUGAAACACCUGAACACCUUCAUUUCAUACCUGAUAAGCUCGUCAAUGGCUCAACAACAAUACGAUACAAUUAUUGUGAAUGCCCGUAUUAUCGACGGCACAGGAGCACCAUGGUAUCGUUCUUCACUUGCUAUCAAAGGUGAUAAGAUCGCUAAAAUUGGUACGUUUUCCGAAGACGAGUUAUCGUUGGCUUCCAAUGUAUUCAAUGCUUCUGAUAGUUACCUGGCGCCUGGGUUCAUCGAUAGCCAUACACACGACGAUUCAGCAAUUAUCUCAGCUCCAGAACACGAAUCUAAAACUCGACAAGGUGUUACGACAGUCGUUACUGGCAACUGUGGCUUUUCGACCUACCCAAACGGAGAUAUUGAAGAGAUACGCUCACAUUUAAGAACACUUCUCGGUAAUGUGCCUGAAGAGCACUUUUUCAGCAACUUCACAUCACUCAAAGAUAGCCUGACAGCGAACAUUGGAUUAAACAUUGCUUCCCUGGUGGGGCAUGGACCGUUAAGAAUUUCUGUGAUGGGAUACGAGCAAAGGGAAGCAACAACUGAAGAAAUCAGUGCGAUGUCCGAGCUUUUAGAGGAGCAAUUACAACAGGGCGCUAUUGGAAUGUCUUUAGGACUAGUCUAUCCUCCCAGUGCUUAUGCGGGAAUCGAAGAACUGGUAACGUUAGCGAAAGUUGUAGCAAAAUACGACCGACUACUCUCUGCCCACGUUCGUAGCUAUGAAGGCAGUUUGCUUAAAAGUAUUGACGAGUUCUUGAAUAUUUUGAAAGAAAGUAAGGCAAGAGGUUUAUUGUCGCACUUACAAGCUGCGGGUAGACCAUAUUGGGAAAUUUUAAUACCACAGGCAAUUGAUAUGAUAGAAUCGGCACGACAAGAACAAGGAAUCGACAUCGCGGUUGAUAUGUAUCCAUAUUUGGCUGGCUCUUCAACUAUUCUUCAACUUUUACCACCGUCUGCGAUGGCCGGUGGAUUUCAGGAGCUGUUGAGAAAAAUCGAAGAUCCCAUCUAUCGAGAGGAACUUCGAGAACUCACCGAGAGUGGAAGAGAACCCGGCUGGGAAUCAAAAAUUGCCCUAAUUGGUUGGGAAAAUGUAGUCAUCAGUUCAGUAAUUGAUGAAAGUCUGAGACAAUUUGAAGGCAUGAAUAUGACCGCAGCGGCACAAGUUUUAGAUAUGUCUGAAUUUGAUUUUCUUUUAUACGUUGUCGUGAUCGACGAAGGAACAACGAAUAUAAUAAUGUUCCAACAAUCUGAAGUUGAUUUGCACAAAGUAUUAAGAAGCCGUUUGCAUAUGAUUGGCAGCGACAGCAUUCCAAGAGACGGGGGUAAACCACAUCCGAGAAUGUAUGGCAGUUUUCCGAAGGUAAUUGGACGACUGGCUAAUCAGGAUGGACUUAUGGCGCUAGAAGAGGCCGUACGAAAGGCUACUUCUUUGCCAGCACAAAGGUUUGGUAUUCUGGAUCGGGGAAUAUUACGACCGCAAAUGAUUGCCGAUAUUGUGUUGUUUAGUCCGGAUUUCGUAGAUAAUGCUACUUUCGAGGAGCCAACAUUAUCACCAAAGGGUUUGCAAAGUUUGUGGAUCAACGGAAUUCAAACAAUUCUUGAUGAUAAACCGUUAGGGACUUUAGCGGGAAAUGUUAUUGUUAAAUGAUUUGUUGUCGAAUAAAUAUUCUGGAGAACA